AUGGAGUGCUGUAUUGAUGAUAACAAUCCCAAUGAAGGUGAAGCACCCAUCUCGACGAAAACUAGUUUAACUCCCACUUUGGAUUGGUGUGCUCCGAAACGCUACAUGUUUGACAGCGCUGUCUACACAUCUUCUAGCAGGAUUGAUGACCGUUUCAAUGUCAUAGCAAGAAGACUUUUACAGCUCUGCGAUAGAUUCGACAAGGAAUUCUUUGAGGUAAAGCUUCAGUAG